AUGCUGUUCAAGUACAUCGCGGCCGCGUGCCCCCUCCUCGUGGGCACCUGUCUCGCGCAGACAGAAACCACGACGACGACGACGGCGCCGCCGCCCGUUGCAACCUGCGCGUAUACCGGAUGGGGCACCGGGACAGACAUCGGCUACUAUGGUGACCCUCUGUCUGCCACAAGCGCGGCUUGCAACUCCCUCUGCAAUGCCAACGAAGCCUGCCUGAGCUUCUCGUACAACUCGGCCGGCCCUAACUGCAUCCUUUACAACUACACCGUCGAGGGCACUGUCGUCUACGACCCCAACUCCCCAAACAGCUUCUUCAACCGAGGCGGCGUCUGCCCCGAGGUGCCGACCCCGACGACAAUAGCCACGACCACGCGGCCCGUACCUACCGCCGCGCCGACAUGUACCGGCUUCGUUGGCUGGGACACAGGCACGAACAUUGGUUUCUACCCGGACGCGUACUCAGCUUCGUAUGGCGGCUGCCUCGAGCUCUGCGACGCCAAUGCGGCGUGCCUGAGCUUCGGCCUCACCGCCGCGCCGGCGUGCAUCCUGUACGACCACCCCGUGGAGGGCAACGACGUGGCCGACCCGAACUCGGGCAACACCUUCUACAACAAGGGCGGCGUCUGCCCCACGCCCACGUCCUCCACCCCGCCGGCGCCGACGCAGACGGGAGCCUUCGCAAACUGCCCAGCCGGUAUCGUGCCGUACAACAUCCACACGGGUGCGACGCCCUACAGCCCGUGCGACGCAAACGUGCCUUACUCGUCGUGCCAGUCAGAUGUUGACGGGACCGAAUACUGUAACCUGUGCAUCUCGUGCACCGAGCAGACGUGCACGUCCGAUGCGGACUGCGGCGAGGGGUUCGCUUGUAUUGAGAACUCUGCGUGUGUUGUUGGUGGGGAGUCGAAUGAUGUCUACAUGGCGCAUGCUCGUGCUAUGAAUGGGAACGAGCUGCGGAAUCGGGCUGCCCCUUCUGCAAUAUCGUUGUUUCUGUCGUCGAUGACGCUCGAGAGCAGUAUGGAUGCUCUACUGCAGAAGAAAGUAGUCCUCUUCUAA